AUGGCUGCUGAAGCACAGUUUUGUUAUGAAAAUUUGGGUUUGCCUUUGCCCAUUCUUCCAUCAUUUGAACCUGGUUUCAGUCUCCAAGAAUUUCCUUGUCAACAAAACGCUCAGAGCUUGGCUUCCAUGACGGUUUCUCAACCUUUAGAUAUUCAUCUGGAGAUUCAGAGACAGGAACUUGAUUGCUUUCUUCAGUUACGGAAUGAAAGACUAAGAUAUGCAUUACAAGAGCAAAGGAAUCAACAAGUAGGGAAUUUGUUAAAGACUGUGGAAUCAAAGGCAUUGUAUUUGUUGACGCGAAAAGAAGAAGACUUGGCACGAGCAACAAAGAAAAGAAUAGAGCUUGAAGCAUGCUUAAGAGAAGUGGAAAUGGGAAGCGAGUCAUGGAAGAGACUUGCGGAAGCCAAUGAAUCAAUGGUGUUAUCAAAAGACUGGAACAAGCUAAAGACAGAAGUUCAGCUGAAGACCAAGAGUCCUGCAACAAAGAUCAACAAGAAGGAAGUGACGAUAAGAUGGCUUGUAAACACUGCAACUCUAGGAGCUCAUGCGUUCUUUUUUUACCUUGCAGGCACCUUUGCUCCUGCAAAUCAUGCGAACCAUUGCUUGUUUCUUGUCCCAUCUGUAAAUCUGUAA